AUGCGACACGUACCAUUGCUCUCCGCCUCUCGCCCUCUCGCCCACUCCCCUCAAUUACCCACCCCAACCCACCUCUCCAGCGGAGCUGAUAACAACCAACAAGCUAUCGGAGCUGGCGUGCUUGGCGCUCUACCUCAUCUGGUAACAACCAACAAGCUAUCCGAGCUGGCGUGCUUGGCGCUCUACCUCAUGUUCGAAAAGAAGCAGGCGGAUGAGUCCUUCUGGGGCCCUUUUAUUCACGAGCUCGACCGGCAGAGGGGGCGAGGCCAGACCGCCGUGGCCACCCCUCUCCUGUGGGAUCCCCAGGAGGUGGCAGAGCUGUUCCAAGGGAGUCCCAUGAAGGUGAGCAUCAGGAUCAGGGUUGAGAAGAAGCAGGCGGACCGGUCCUUCUGGCGCCCUUUUAUCAACGAGCUUGAUAGGCAGAGGGGGCGAGGACAGACGGCUGUUGAGACCCCGCUGCUGUGGGACCCGCAGGAGGUGGCAGAGCUGUUCCAAGGGAGUCCCAUGAAGGUGAGCAUCAGGAUCAGGGUUGAGAAGAAGCAGGCGGACCGGUCCUUCUGGCGCCCUUUUAUCAACGAGCUUGAUAGGCAGAGGGGGCGAGGACAGACGGCUGUUGAGACCCCGCUGCUGUGGGACCCGCAGGAGGUGGCAGAGCUGUUCCAAGGGAGUCCCAUGAAGAAGCAGGCGGACCGGUCCUUCUGGCGCCCUUUUAUCAACGAGCUUGAUAGGCAGAGGGGGCGAGGGCAGACUGCUGUUGAGACCCCACUGCUGUGGGACCCACAGGAGGUGGCAGAGCUGUUCCAAGGCAGCCCCAUGAAGGUGGAGGCGCGGCUGCAGGGCAUGAAGAGGGAGUACGAGGAGCUGGACCCGACACAGCGGAGGUGGAGGCGCGGCUGCACUGCAGGGCAUCAAGAGGGAGCGGAAGUGGAGGUGCGGCUGCACGGCAUCAAGAGGGAGUACGAGGAACCAGGCACAUCCCACCCUUUACCCUCGCCUUCACCUGUCCACAUCACAUCCGCCCAUAUCUCUCCCUCCUAUUUUCAUUCUCUGAACCCACAGGCGGAGGUGGAGGCGCGGCUGCAGGGCAUCAAGAGGGAGUAUGAGGAGCUCGACACCGUAUGGUUCCUUGCAGCUUCGCUCUUCAAGCAAUACCCCUACGACACACCCUCCGAGACUUUUCCCUUUGAGAUCUUCAAGCAGGCCUUCAUUGCCGUGCAGUCAUGCGUGGUGCACCUGCAGGGCGUGCCUCUCCCCCGUCGCUUCGCCCUCAUCCCCAUGGGUCCGCCUCUUCUCGCCUACAAAAGCACCACCCGCUCCAUGCUCGCUGCCUCCCCUGACGGAGGGGUUGAACUCCGCCUGGACCGCCCUGUCAAGGCUGGGGAGCCUCUCAGCGUCUGGUGUGGCCCCCAGCCCAACACGCGACUGCUGCUCAACUACGGCAUUGUGGACGAGGACAACCCCUAUGACCGCCUCACGGUGCAGGUGGCAUUGAACCCUGACGACCCACUCUACCAGGCCAAGCGGGCCAUCGUGCAGAAGAACGACCUCCUGCGCACCCAGGACUUCCAGCUGUACAAGGGCAAGGAGCAAGCAGCCCUGUACGACAUGAUGCCCUACCUGCGCCUGGCGCACGUCACCGACCCUCUCGACAUGGAAUUCGUCACUUUCGCUGAUGGGCCUGUGUGCGGGGUGAGUCCAUGCAACGAGAACGCGGUGUUGGAUCAGCUGGUGGAGUUCUUUGAAGCCCGCCUUGCAGCCUACCCCACCACGCUCGAGGAGGACAUUGCUGCGAUCGCAGACCCGGCAAGCAGCCCCAAGAGGCGGGUGGCGGCACGGCUGGUGCGCAUUGAGAAGGAGAUCCUGCGCAACGCCCUGGCAGCCGUGCAGGAAGUCAUCUCUGUCCUGCCCACGUGGAGCGAGGCCCCGUGCUACAGCCAGCACAGGCCCAUUCUGAAAUAG